CGCCAUUGCUCGAGAUGACUUCUCCGCCUCCGGGGACCGUUAGAUGAAUUCCCUCAAUUCUCAUGCAUGAUCGCUCUUCCAAGCUUCCUCCUCCUCCUCUUCUUCUUCUUCUUCUUCUUCUCCUCCUUCUUCUUCGUCACCAUGACUUUGUUCCAAGGUUUCAGCGCUGUGGAGUUCGUUUUGUAGCAACCUCUUCUUUCUAUCAGAUACUGCUUACUUUCACCAUAACGGCUUUAGGAUUUGCUGUGCUCCAUGUCACAAAGGACGAAGGGAGAUAUUCCUUUUAUCCAUUCCUUGUCAGGGAAGAUCUGAAGCAGCGUCAGCUGCACACGUCCUGUAAUGGAUGCAUACUCCUCUGGAGAAGAAGUGGUUGUUAAGACAAGAAAACCAUAUACAAUUACGAAGCAAAGAGAACGAUGGACAGAGGAGGAGCAUAAUCGGUUCCUAGAAGCCCUAAAGCUAUAUGGGCGAGCAUGGCAGCGGAUAGAAGAGCAUAUAGGAACAAAGACUGCUGUGCAAAUCAGGAGCCAUGCACAGAAAUUCUUUUCAAAGGUCAAUGGUUGGAGAAAGAGGCCCUUGUAAAGGGUGUUCCGUUAGGACAGGCUAUUGAUAUAGACAUCCCACCACCAAGGCCCAAAAGAAAACCAAGCAAUCCUUAUCCCCGUAAGACCAAUGUUGGCACCCCAACCUCACAUAGUGGAGCAAAAUAUGGAAAGCUUUUCAUUUCAGUUGCAUCUUCACAUUGUAAACAAACACUGGACUUGGAGAAAGAACCUCUACCAGAGAAGCAUAAUGAAGAUGAAAGGCCAACUUAUGCAAACGAGAAUAAGAGUGAAGGCUGCUCAAAAGUGUUUGCUGUUCUUGAGGAGGCACCCAGUUUGUCCCCAUCUUCAGCAGACAAGAAUUUAAUACCAAUGCAAAAUUCAUGUGCCUUGAGGGAGUAUAUACCUUUAGUGAAAGAUGUAAUAGUUGAAGAUGAAGGAAAUCAAUCUUUUGUUACUGUUGAACAUGAAAAUCAGAAGUUGGGGAUAGAUGAUGGUAAGUGCACGCAAACCAAUGGCAUUUGUAAAGCCUCUAAGAUGGACAUUUAUUGUGCUUCUAAAGCCAAAAUGGUUCAUACUGAGAAAGCAGAUGGAAUUCAAGGCAGUCAGAAUUACCCAAGGCAUGUUACUGUGCAUGUCAUUGAUGGGAAUCAUGGAACUGCUACACAAAAUCCAUCCCAUGAUACAUUGUUUCGAGACUCCGUAAUUCCGCAAGGAGGGGUUAAUGGGCAACCAAAUCAUUUUACCAAUCCAGCUGCAUCAAACACAAGUGAAAGUCAAAAUGACACAGCACGAUCCUCUAUUCAUCAAACAUUCCCCCCAUGUCCUCCUUUCAUGCAGCAUAAUCAAGAAGAUUACCAAUCAUUUCUUCACAUGUCAUCCACAUUUUCAAGUCUUAUUGUUUCCACAUUGAUGCAAAACCCUGCCGCCCAUGCUGCAGCAAGUUUUGCUGCAAUGAUUUGGCCCUGUGCAAGUGCAGAGACACCAGCAAAUUCUCAUUCGUGCUCUCAAGGAAGCUUUCCAUCUAGCCAUAUUGGUUCUCCUCCAAGUGUGGCGGCUAUAGCAGCUGCGACUGUAGCUGCUGCAACUGCGUGGUGGGCUGCCCAUGGGCUGCUUCCUUUGUGUGCCCCACUUCAUACUGCCUUUGCCUGUCCACCUUCAUCAGCAACUGCAGCUCCCUUGAUCAAUACUGGCGAGGCAUCACCCAAGACAGAGCAAGGAAACGUUGCUCCAGAAAAUCCUCUGCAAGAUCAGACAGCUGAUCCAGAAUAUUCAGAAGCUCUUCAUGCUCAAGAUUCAUCUUCUAAGUCACCAGCUGUUUCUUCAUCCGAAUAUGAAGAGAUUGGAGAUGCCCAAUUAAACGCUUCAACCAAGGCUACUACUGAUCAUGGGAAGAACCAAGAAGUUUCUGAACACCUUGACCCUGACAAAGUGAAUGGCAGCAAACAAGUUGACCGCUCCUCAUGUGGUUCCAACUCAGCCUCUAGCAGUGAAGAAACAGAUGCACUAGAGAAGGAAGAAAAAGAAAAGGAAGAGUCCAAAACACAUGAUGCAAACCAUGUAGAUACUGAGCCAAUUAAUCGUCGUUGUAGAAGCAUUAGCUACCUUACGGAUUCUUGGAAGGAGGUCUCCGAAGAGGGACGGCUGGCCUUCCAGGCUCUAUUCUCCAGAGAAGUGUUACCUCAAAGUUUUUCACCUCCGCAUGAUUUGAUAAACAAGGAUCAUCAGAUGGGCAAUAUCAAACAUGACAAUCAGCAGGUUGAGUGCAAAGAUGAAGAGGAUCUUGACAGUAAGAAAUGCAGUUCUCAGUGUGAAGGGGUGCAAAAAAACCUGCAAUUUGAAGAAAAUAAGAAAGAAGAGGAGGGACUGCUGGCCAUAGGUCUUGGACAAGGUAAGCUCAAGACUCGUCGAACAGGGUUUAAACCUUACAAAAGAUGUUCAGUAGAUGCCAAGGAAACCAGGAUUGGAAUGGCCUGUAACCAUGGUGAAGAGAAGGGUCCCAAGAGAAUACGCCUGGAAGGGGAGGCUUCAACAUGACUAUUGACAUAUGCAGCAUUGAGCAUGCAGGUGCAGUCAGAGUCACACUAGGCACACCUCUUUUGCAUAUCAUUAAUGUCCCCUUCUUUGGUGUUGUAUUGUUUUUAUUCUACUUCAGCCCACGAAACUCAUCGUGUAGGUGCGUGUACCAUAUUAAAUUACCAGAUACACUCUUUUACUUUCUUAAACUGAUGUUACUGCUGUUAAAAACCCCGCUACAUAGAUAAGAAACAUUAAGUACUGUUUGAGCAUUGAACAUUCAAGUAAUUUAUGAUCCUUCAUUCAGUCAUUA